AUGCCAUGGAAAUUAUUUCGUCAUCGAAGUCGAAUAUGGUACCUAGUUUUCUUUACAAUACUCUAUGGAGUCAGUCAGCUCGGAGGAUACUAUACAAAAAACUUCUACCCCUAUCGAGACAAACACCAAGGUGAUGUUGGCCAAGAUUCGGCACAUUCGGACACAGUCGAGUCCUCAAGAAACCAACGACCCAAUGGGCUGUUGAUGAGGAAACUCUUGGAUGUUACCACAGAGAAAAGAAAUGUCACAGCGACGUCUUUUCCGCAAACAACAGAGGCCUCUCAGAAACCAAUACCACAAAAACUCUACCCACCAGAGGCAUUCUCACCAGAAGACAUCCGACAUGGUGCCAUCGUCCUUUAUAUUGCCGGCAUGAUCUACAUGUUCGUCGCCCUGGCUGUUGUCUGCGACGAGUUCUUCGUGCCCUCACUCAAUGUCAUCAUAGAGCGGCUAGACAUUUCCGAGGAUGUAGCAGGGGCCACUUUCAUGGCAGCUGGGGGGAGUGCCCCCGAAUUAUUCACCAGUAUCUUCGGGAUUUUUGUUUCAUACAGCGAUGUUGGAAUCGGAACCAUUACGGGAUCAGCAGUAUUCAACAUACUCUUCGUUAUAGGGAUGUGUGCCUUAUUUAGCAAGGAGGUACUCGCUUUGACUUGGUGGCCUCUCUUUAGAGACGUCACCUUCUAUAGCAUAGACCUGCUUUUAUUAAUAUGGAUUUUCACCGAUGAAGUCAUCUACUGGUGGGAAUCCUUACUCUUACUCCUUUGUUACUUUGCCUAUGUUAGUUUUAUGAAAUUCAAUGCCUCAAUUGAAAGGGUGGUGAAAUCCAAGCUGUACCGCAGGACGGUAACUCGCGUAAAAAGUACUGACAAUCUCAUCGAGAGCAGCGCUGGACAAAAUAUCUUGCAGUAUUUAGUUCCAUAUCUUGGUCUUCUGUGUUCAAGAUCUGUCAAGGUCAUUUUUGCCUUUCAGCCAUUCCGGGUCAAUAAAAAAGAAAGAAUCAGUCGAGUACUGGAAUCUAGUUAA